AUGCGUAGAUGUGAUUACAUCUAUUGGGGAGCCAAUUUUCCCCAGGACAAUGAUAAGUUGGGAAAAGAUCUGAAUAUAGAACUAGAUAUCAAAGAGCGGUAUUUAACUACGUACCUCGUCCCAUCCCAAAGCUCAGGGGGUCGGGAAGAGAAACAGGCAAGACCUGGAAGGGCUGGGUGGCUUCAAGCCAUUUCCAUUAAUAAGUCCUCACCUCCUCAAAAUGCUUGGGGGAUUGAUAGAGGGUUUUGUGGGAUGAAGCCCAUGAUCUGGGACUCUUUAACCCUGGAUCUCUAUUUUUGAGGAAGGGGCAGGAUAUGCUUUAUAUUUUUACUUUUAAAUCAGACAGCUGCUUCUUAAAAACUCUCUGCCUAAAGAAAAAAAAACAGUGUAUAUUAAUGAAGAUUUAAGACCUAAAAUUGGAAAUUUACAUGUUAUUGAUGGUUAAAGACUCCUAAUACAAUAAUCCGCAAGAUAUUUAUCAUUAUAUAUUUUUUGUGUUUUUAUAUGGUGCCCAAAAUCGUGAUUAGAAACAUUGCUUCUCAAAAAAAAAGAAAGAUCAAUAGUAUAAUGCUCUGUCAAGCUACUUGGGGUGGGGUUGUUGACCCCAGAAGAAUGUUGGAAGAACUUCGCUGCACAACCCUCUUUUAGUAAUGUAAUGUAGACUGGCGGAAUUGCAUUGUAGCAUGCUGUGUAGCAUGUGUUUUUUUUCUAGAGACACAGUCUGCAAGUUACAAAAGUGGCAAACAACUUCAUAGACCAGCAUAAUCAUGAUUUGAAGUAUUCACUACAAUGACAAUUUCCUAUAUAUUUCACAGCGUACAUUGUCCAAUCUUGAUUAAAGGAACACUGUAGUCACCUGAACAACUUCAGCUUAAUGAGGGUGUUCAGGUGAGAACUAUAGCUCCCUGCAGCCUUUCUCAUGUAAACACUGUAUUUUCAGGGAAAAUACACUGUUUACAUUGAAAGCUAGGAACACCUCCAGUUGCAGUCACACUGAGUGAACCAGAGGGACGUCGGAGUUGAUGGAGGCAUAACAUGCCUCCAUCCACUCAGAUCUGCUAUCAGCAGAGCACAGGGCAGCACUGUGCACAGCAUCCUGUGAUUCAGUAUCUCCUCCCUCUGUAUGUAGACACUGAAUUUUCUUCAUUGAUUGAUUCAAUUCAUUUCUAUGAGGAGAUGCUGAUUGGCCACGGCUGUGUUUUAAUCAUGCUGGCUCUGCCUCUGAUCUGCCUCUUUGUCAGUCUCAGCCAAUCUUAUGGGGAAGUACUGUGAUUGGAUCAGGCUAUCACAUGUCAGCAGACUGCUUGUUUUUCUGAGUCUAACGGCAUGCAGAUUUGCAGCUUCAGGCUUGAAUACAGUAGCAUUUGUACUUUAUUCAUGGAGGCAUGAGGGGCCUAGUGGGGCUAGAUGGUGGUUUUAACACUAUAGGGUUAGGAAUGUUUGUGUUACGAACCCUAUAGUGAUCCUUUAAAAUAAACCUUGUUUAUCAUUGUAUAAGAGGUAAAUCAGUUCAGUUUUUAAGUAACGUAUGUAACUAGCAAUAAAUAUUGGCACAUGGGCUGGCAUUGGCACUCUCAGAUAUAUUUAUAUGAUGUUCAACAAACAGUAACAUAGUGUACAUAUGUCCUUAUUCCAGAUAUUUCAGUUAGUGCAGGAAGUAGACAUGAAGAAAAACAAACAUAGAAUGUGAAGGCAGAUAAGAACCAUUUGGCCCUUCUAGUCUGCCCAAUUUUCUAAAUACUUUCAUUAGUCCCUGUCCUUAUCAUAUAGCUAGGAUAGCUGUAUGCCUAUCCCAAGCAUGCUAAAACACCCUCACUAACCUCUACCUCUUCAGCUGGAAGGCUAUUCCAUGUAUCCACUACCCUCUCAGUAAUGUAAUACUUCCUGGUGUUAUUUUUAAACCUUUGCCCCUCUAAUUUAAUGAUCUUUUGCUCUGGUAGUUUUUUUUUUUAUAUAUAUAUAUUCUCUCCUUUUUUACUGUGUUGAUUCCCUUUAUGUAUUCAAAUGUUUCUGUCAUAUGCCUAUAAGAUAAGAUCAGCACUGCAUUAGUCAGACUUGCAAAACACUCCUCUUUUUACUGCGUACUUAAAAAAAUAUUCCUGUCUUGCCUGUGUUAUACGACUUUAAAUGACUGUUGAUAGUAAUAGAAAGUGAAAAUUAAUGAGCCCAGGAUAUUUCACAGAACUGUGCAGUACAGAAGAAGGAAAUGACACUAGGGUAAAAAAAAUAUACCAAUUGUGUAAUAAAAAUAACAAUAUCCCGAUUGUGAAAUACAAACAUUCCAGCAGGUCACAGAUUUCUUUGUAAUAAAGUUAAGCUCCUCCUAUCUUGCAGUUGUUCCUCUAUAUAUGCACAUCAAGGGAACACAAAAAGAAAGGUACAGUGAAGCUGAGUAUUGUAUUGGAGUCUAGUCUGAAUGGGAGAAGCAGGUGUAUUACACUGAAUCCCUUUAUACAACAGGUAAGUCACAAAACACAGUUGUGGAAUUGGCUUUAGGAUAUUACAUAUUUCAUAUUUUGUUCUGGAAGCUUAGCACUGUGUAGACUGCAUUUUAAAAUCAAUUUAAUAUGUUUGAUAUUCUUUACAAUAAUUGAAUACUUUUGGAUAAACUUUUAAAACAAUGUAAUAUUUUGAAAAAUAUUUUGCUUUUUUGACAUAUUGAUAGUUUUUUUUAUAUGGCACAUUUUUUAUAUUUUAAUAUUUCAAAAAAUAUAUAUUUUCAAAAUGAUUUACAAUUAUUAAAUAAUUUGAAAAGAUUAUUCAAAAAUAUGACAUCAAGGUCUUAAUUGGUAGAUUGGCUGGUGCUUUUUUGGAAAUAUUUGGUUGUCAGCAUAUUAUAUGGCUUUUUCAUGUAGGACUGACUGGAUGGGAUUUUCAAGUUAUAAAUUCAGCAGUCUUAUAAACAUAAUAUCUAUCCUUAGUGACAUACAAUUGUUAUUACCUUAGUUUCUUUAAAGAAUUGUCUCAAACGAAAGAUACUAUUUCAGUAGACAAACCAAUGUCAGCUAAUAUGAUAAUAUCCUUAAAAUAAAUUUUUUAACCCUUGGGUAAUGGAUCCCUAAUUUGCCCCCCUGACAUUUCUGAGCGUUUUUAUUGGUUGGAACAAGCAAAUGCAUAUUCUUCAGGUCCCAUGUAACUGCACCCAAUAAAUUAUUGUACUGGCAUUGUCUCUAUGGACCUCUUUAAGACUUGAAAGAGUCUAAUGGGGUUUGUUCACUGAACAGCAAAUUCUUGUCAGUUGAAAACUGAAUUUUACAUUUUAGGCAAAAAGUGUGGAUAGAUAGAUAGAUAGAGAAACAUGUUUACUCUGUGCUCUAAUGUCUAAAGAAAGUAGCACAAUGGGGAUAAUAAUUAUCAAGACAUAGAGCAAUUCUUGUGCAAAGUGAAUCGGAUGUGUUGUUGCUUUCGCUGACAUUACCAGUUAGUCCUCAGUUUUAGAAUUGCUAAAGUUUUGCCUUAAAUGUACAUUCCAAGCUCUAUAACCAUUGUAGUGUGCUGUAGUGGUUGUGGUGCCUGAAGUGCCCUGGUGCCCACCUAUUGUAGAUGCAGGGCUUAACUCAUUGGCUGAGAGCCAAAAGCUGGUGCUUUCUGCCAGUGAGCUAGCCUUACAUUGCAGAGUGCUAGAGUGGUUGUGGCGCUUGUUGUGUUCCUCCUUCAAUGCCCAAAUAAAAAAGAAAACACUAUUUAAUAGAUAUAUCCCGAUGACAAGCAUGCAUGUAUUUAAUUGCAAAAGCUGUAGGUCUCUUGCCUGUUGCCUUUGCAAGCCCUAUCCUUCUUCCCCAGCUCGGACUUUCUGUGGCUGAUACAGACAAAAUUAAGUUCUGCGCUCAAACUCUCAUUAUUCCUGGGCGGCAGCAAUGACUAUACUACACAUUGGCCCCAAUACAUACAAGACCAAAGAAAAAUGUUACUUGUGCACUAUCCCAAAUCCCUAUGUCCAUUUAAAUAACAGGAGUUUAGUGUAGGACUCACCUAAGAGGUUUUGCCUUGAUGUGGCAGGUGAGCUUACACUUCAAUGACCAUUGAUGUAUGCUAAAAACCUCCAGUUAUUUAAAUGCGCACAGGGAUUUGGGAUAGUUCGCAAGUAAAAUUUUCUUUGACAAAGACAUCCCAUUGAAGCUCAAAAAGUUUAGGCAAGGCAGGUGCUCUGGGUAAUUGCCUGUUUAUUGAGUCUUACUUCACUAAACAACCAGGAAGUUAUAGGACCUGUUAGUAUAAAUUUUGUAUUUUGAUAGAUCUUAAUAAAAGUUACGUUUUCGAUAUGGGUUGCUUUUCCAUAUCAAGAGCUUGUUUAAAGUUGAUUUGCUUUUACAACUCUACUUCCCCUUCAUUUUUUCGGUCUUAAGGUCUUUUUAUAGGAUCUGUUUGAUUAACAGCCAUGGGGUGACAGUUGCAUAUACAUAGCAUGAUCUGCAUUCACUGACACCUGGGAUAAUUAUAAUAGCUUGUCAUUCAUUGCCUCAACAGGUACAUAUCUGACUUUUGAUUCUGUAUCAAUAAUUUGUAAAACAUAACAGAGACACGUUUAUGAUGAACGAAUACUCAGAUGCUUAAAAAAUUUAUAAACCAAACGCUCACUGAUAAAUAAUAUUUCUUCCAGAUUUGACCGUUUUGGGCAACAGCUUGUUUGGAAAAAGACAAGAACAUUCUUUACUACAGUUCUCUGUACAAUCUGCACACCGCACAUAGUGGGCCAUGGAGGGGUUUCCUGCUGUGUUCUACAGUGAACCUGCCGUUCUGGGACUACUUGCAAAUGCUGUCAGUGCUUUUCUUGUGUGCAUGCAAAACUUUGCUCUAUUUCACACAUCUAUUCUUCCUACUGGAGCAGAAAAUAUUCUAGCAGGUAAGGAUCAAAGUAUUGAAUUAGUUUUAGGGGAACCAUAAUCACUGCAGCUUGCAAUUGGGUUUAUGGCUCUUGGAGUCUAUUGGUGCAGUCCUGUGUUUUUGUUUUUUUUGUCAAAUUACAUUUUACACAUGCUGUUAAUCUUUCUGGUGGCUUUCCGUUGAUACAAGCAGAACUUGAUCUGCUGGUGCUGAAGGGAUCGGGGUGAUUCAGCUACUCUAAGAAUAGCAAGGAGAUUCCAAGUGGCAUAAUCCUCCUCCCUUCUUGAGCUCACAACCGCUCAUUGCUCAUUGUAUGGCACAAUGCUUGACCAGGAUAUUCAAAUAUGUGAAUGGAUUGUGAGGAAGUGAAAUCAUUAAUGGGUUACUCCAGCCUCCUCCAUGACGACUUCUGCUUUUUGAUGUGAUCAUGGAGUAAGGAAUUUGAAUGUGCAACAUUUCUGUUCGAAAAACUGCAUUGUGCAUUUUUGAGCCAGGAACUAGUUAAACCUCCAGUACUUAUGACUUAGGGAGCUUCUACUCUUGCAGGCAGCUUAUAUGUUCCGUCCCCACCACCUACAUUUUUAACAUUUGGACCUUUGCCCACCGCCACUCCCUCCCUAACCAGCUGAGAGUGCACACAUGGACUCUGAGCCUGGGAGAACAGUCCAAUCAAGUGCUUCUCUGUCAGAAGCAUUUGAUUGGUCUUCAGAGUGACACGGCAUGAUGACAGACAGGGUGUGGAAACAAGCAAGGAAAACCUCACCCGGCACUAGAUUCAAUGUAAAUUUUAUAUUAUUUUAAAUAUUUGAUCAUAAAAAGGGGGUAGACAAUGUUAAUACUGACCUAAGAGGCAUUAUAAAGUUUAAAAAAAAAAUCAUAUACUAAAGAAGGAUUCAAGUAACCCCUUAAGUCAUUCUCAUCAUGAUGCGGAGGAAGUGGGAUUUAGGGAAUUUUCUGUUUGUUUUCGAUUUUUCUAAUGAAACUGCCUUAAAAAUGUUUCACAAAAACUAAAAGGAUGGCACCCACAGUUAGUCUCCACAGUCCAUAACCACUACAAGCUUUAGUGAAUAUGGGACUUAAAGUGUCCCUUUAAAUUCAAAUAUCACCUUUUUGUUUUUAUUUUAUGUACUAGCACAGUAAUUCUCAAAAUUGAUGGGGCUUAGUGCAGUCCUUAUCACAACCUUAAAAUCAAGGCUUUUGAAGACUCAGAAUGCGUUGUUGAUUUAUAUAUAAGGUUGACCUUCUGUGAUUGCUUGGUUCUAUAUAUACAGAACCAACAUCAACCCUGUUCUUCUCUCUUGGUCUUGUAACAUACCUUUAGUAAGCUUGUUUCAUCCCUUUUCUCUUAUAUUUCAAGCUUUUAUAUGUCUUCUCCCUCAGUACUACUUCAUCUUUUUUUCUCAUGUCGGUAUAUUGAUGUGAUGGCAAUUGACAGUUCCAUGUACAUUGCCUAAAUAAAUAAUGUUUGCAUUUUUGGCAUCUCUAAUAGUUGAAUAUGCUGUUUGCCUAUGUGACAAAUAACUAACAUCCCGGUAUCUGUACCUUGUUGCAGGUGUUCAUCUAAUACUUAUUGGUGGAAUUGCCCAACUCAUUGCUGGAUUCCUAUCUUUCCGGAAAUAUGACCAUCUCAGUGGUACUUCCUUCAUAGCCUUCUCUGCUCUUUGGAGCAGCUAUGGUGCUACCCGCAUCCUGGUGGGAUCAGAAGCAAUCCCACAGAACAGUUCAAUUGUGCCAACUCUCCCUCCUCUUCCUAUCAAUGAGAGUGCAGUGGCUGGGCUUGUCUCAUAUAUUGUUAUCGCUGUUAUCCUGUCUUUCUGCUCAGCCACUGUCAAUUAUAUCAUGCCUUUUGUUUUUGGAGCUCUGACAAUGACAUUAAUUUUUGAGGCUGUAGGAUUAUUUGGUCGUUGGGCCCUGGUAGUUUCAGGGGUACUGGAGUUAAUUAUAGUCGUGUGUGGACUUUAUGGGGGAGCAGCUCUCCUUCUUAAAGGAAUCACACAGAGAUAUGUGCUCCCUGGCUUCGGCAAUUCUCUCUUUAAUGUUCUCCUUCUAGGAUCUGGAAACAGUGGCUCUUCCAAAACAGCAGGAGAAGAGAAAAAGAAAAACACUAAAUAUGCUGAACCCAUGGCAUUGGGUUACCUAUGUGAUACCAUCUCACCAUUCAUCAUGGCGUUUUAUUGCUUUGGAUAUAUAAAAAUAUUCUAUGUUGCAGCAAUAUGGAUCAGCAUUAAUGUGCUUUCUCAACUCUGCUCGAGCUACUAUAGCUAUCUCAGAGAUGACAUUUACUAUGCCACAAAAUUUGCUUUUCAUGGGAUUUUCUGGCUGGUCAAAUCGUGGGAGGAAUUUACUAUAACAGUUGUUCUGGAGCCUAACAAUGUAACCAUUAGAAGAGAAGUGAUGGUCGGUGACUGGUUCUUUCUUGUAGCUGCUUGUGUGCUCUGCUUUUUGUCACUUAAUAAAGAUAUACUAGAACUUAUACACAAUAUUUCAUUUGCCCUGAUAACUGUAUCCACAAUCCAACAAAUCCCAAGUAAGCCAGCUUACAUCUUCUUUGGCGUAACCUGUGGCAUAUUUACAGUUAUCUCACUGUACUCAACAUUUGCCAGUCUUGUGAACACCAUCGCUGAAAAAGUUCUGAUACCAAUAGGCAACAUAGUGGUGUCCAGCACAAAGCUUCAAGACGUACUGCUUUUUGGAAGACGCCACCUGAGAAAGUCAACAGAAGAAUUAAUUAUUACGGAAAAUGUUUCCUCUCGUUUUUCAGAUCCCCUAUUUUAUGUAUGCAAUGGUCUAGCAUCAAUUGCUGCAAUCCAGAGUUCAUUAAACUAUUCGGCUGAGGAGUAUUUAUCCAUCCCAUGGGUGCUUAUACCGGGUACUAUUAUCCAACUCUACGUAUCUAGAAUUGACGUCCAAAGAGGCAGACGAUUUGGUUCCGUGCUGCCGUUUUGCUACUCUGCUAUAUGGGCUACCUGGGUCUGGCUGCGCUUUGCAGGUAAUAUAUUAAUAGCUACUACCAUAUUUCUUAAGAAAAUAAAAGAUAAUGGAGGGUGCACAAUAAUAAAUCAAUUCUAAAUAAUAUACUUAUACGUGAGGAACCUCUGGAUCUGAAACAUAACAUAAAACAGAUCAUAGCAUAAUACUGUUACAUAUAUAUUCAAGAUCUAUUACAGAGGUAUUGGGUCACUAUAUAUUUACAAAAAGCUCAGCGGAAACACAGUUGCUUUAAAAUGUGUAUUUCUGAAAAUUCACACUACACUGAAUAACCGUAUGUAUGUGUUUAGAUUUGCAAAAAGCAGCUAAUUGUGAUAUAUAUUCAAGUUUAAUAAUGUUUGUGUUUUGGUGCUAUUCUGGACAAUAUAGUUUUAUAAAAUUAUAUAUAUAUAUAUAUAUGUUACUCUGUGUUCUUUAAUUUGUAUUGUUUAUUUUUAGGUCCUACCCUAGGUCUCACGGCAAAUACUGAUGGAGGAUUCACAGUUGGUGCCAUUGCUUUCCUUAUUAUCAACAUAUUUUUGAUAAUCAUAGGUACGUACAUAGAUACAAAUAUGCAUCUGCUGUUUCUGAGCUUGUUUUUAUGUUUAAUUGCACCCAGAAUAAUGUAACUAUUUCCCCAAAAUUAAAUAACAUGCAAUAAUACGAACAUGUGCCAUCACAAUGACAUCUUUAAAAAGCCGAGUACUGCUCUAAUUGCCCUCUUUAUAUAAGAACAGUUGCAGUGCAAUUAGGAUGUAUGUUGCAGUAUUCUAACAGACAAUAAUGUAAGACUAAAAAACAAUAUUUCCCUUGUGUACAUACUCAAGUAGUGAUUUUCUUAAAGAUGAACUUCCACUUCUUCAGUUUUUUAACGUUAUGUUUACUUGUCCGUGUAUUGAACAAAUACGUAUUUAUGAGAUUCGAAAAAUAAAAAUAAAUAUAGAAAUCAACAGCUCUUCUUCCUGUAGAUGUGUACCUCCAUCUUAACUCCAUUUCAAUCAUUGUAAUAAACUCUGUCCUUCACAGAGAAAGCAUACUGAGAGGGGAACAAAUUAAAUAAUGAUUCAAUUUGUAUUAUUUUGCAAUGUUUGACCUGUCGUUACCCUGUCAGAACUGGAUUAUGAUGUAAUUUGUCAUUUUUUGUAUAUAUUUAAUUUUAAAAGGAAAUUUAGAAAAACUGUUUAAAAAAAAAAAAGUUUAAACAAGUUGUAAGUAAUUGUUUCCAAGAAACAUAUAGCUCACAACACUUUUGUGUGACAUUUAUGCUAAAUUCACCUUAUUUCCCUUAUUUUCAGCUAUACAAGCCAAUGUUAUCCUAUUCAUCGUUACUCUACUAAUGGAGGCCGUACUUGUUUCAUUCCUUCUGUUCACACUUGGACGGCUGCCUCUCCCUCUUGAGAGUAAGUUUGUACAAUGUAUAAAGGGUUUCUGAGUUAAAACUUUAUGAAUCUUCUCUUUGCAACACUAUAAAAUAGUACUAAUGAAACUAUCUUACUCACACAUUGGUUUCUUCCAAGUAACAUAAUGAUAUUAAAAUCUGUCUGGGAGGAAACAAGAACAGCAUGUAACUAUAUGAUUAGCAGUGUGUUUAGCAGGUUUGUUCGCUGGGCAUAUGUUCUAUGUAAUACAAUAAAUAUUAUUACAAAAAGUAAUGCAUAGGAACAUUUUAGUUGUUUUCUAUUUUAAAUGGCUCAUUAACCUCAACCACUCGUGUAUAUCUGUUUCAGUUACUGUACUAUCACUCUAUGGCAUUGUCUGCGCCUAUGGAUUUUUGGCUUCGCUGGCGAAUUGCAUUUUCAACAAAGAACUGAUUCCAAUGGGUAGAGCGAUCUUUAAGGUAAUUUAAAACAUGAACAAUUUAUAUACAUACGGAGUAUAAUAACAUUGUAUAUUUUCUAUAAACACAAAUUAAUUUAGGUUAACAGUACGCACGUUACACUGCAUACAAAAAUGGAAGACUUAUUAGAAUUGUGGUCGAAGCCUUCCCUUAAUAUGUAGUUUGAGAUCAAUUAUAGAAUCAGUGGUAGAGUUGCCACCUGAGAAGCAGUAACAUUUUUAUGUAAACCAAAACAAAAAAAAGAGAAAUGAGGGUUAUGCCCCACCCACAAACACACACAAAAUAGCUGCUGUACAAAUGCUUAUUUAAGAACAUUGUUCCAAAAUCAGUACAAGCUCUCCAUAAGUGUAUAAUAGGUCUGUAAGGUUUCACUUGCUUAAGACUAACGAUACAGUACAUACAUGAUGAAUGAUUCAUCAGUAACACCUGUUUGGACGUAUUUACCAGGGAGACACAAUUUCUCAUUUUCUUAACUAUUGUGCUUUUGAUAUUUCCGCUGACAGAAACAAGAGUCAAAAAAGAACGACGUUACUUCAGACUCCUCAUGCAUCUUACCACAAUCUCGCCGGACAAGUGGUUUGAGAACAAUUGCAAAGAUAUUGGAGAAUGGAGGAGUAUGUGGAAUUCCUACUGACACAGUCUACGCUCUUGCUGCUUCAUGCAAACACCCAGAUGCCAUUAACAGGAUUUACACUAUCAAGGUGAGAAGGCAGUUGCUAACUGUUUGCAAAUUAGAUGUAGGAAUCCUAGAACAUUGUUUCGACCUUCAUUCGACCUUUGUCAAUGAGGUGUAGCUGAUACCCCCACUAGACCAUUGUCCGUUAGGGUGUAGCUGAUAACAUUCUAGACCCCAUGCUCACUGUGCCUAGAAGAGUAUCAGCUACACCUCACGUAUGGAAGCAGAGAGUAAAUGCUUACUAUUAACAUUUUCUUCAUGCCUUUACAGGAACGACCUACAGAAAAGCCAAUCUGCAUCUGUAUAUCUAACCUCGAUCAGCUGAGAGUGAUUAAUCCUCCAUUCAACCCCCUUCUCUGGAGGUUUAUGGACCUAGUUUACCCUGGGGGAAUCAGCUGCAUUGUCCAGAAAGGGGAAUGGCUGAAAAAAUUGGGUAAGCAAAGUUUCACCAUUUGGCCAUAGGCAUGGAGACACAGACAAGCUCACAUUUUGUAUCCAUACACACCAUUUUAUUCAAGCAAACUAAAGAACAGAAAUUACAUAUACACUGUUUAAAAAAUUUCAUCCUAUUUUAUUUACUCAACAAACCUGUGAUUUUCAAACACUGUAGAUAUUAUGGCCUAACUUAAUAGCUGCCUAAGAUUAUUUGAAGUCUGAACAUAUAUAGCACGUAUGUGGUGGGAUGACUAUUCACUCCUUUUCCUUUAUAUAUUUAAGGUGUGGGUCCUGCAUAUGACCAGGUUGGGACAUCUAAUUCCAUUAUGAUAAGGGUUCCUGACCACUCAGUCACUGCUCACCUUACUGACAUGACCGGACCAUUGGCUAUUACCUCAGCCAAUCCAAGUGGAGAGAGUGACAGCACUCACCAUGACAUGGUGAUAACGUAAGUCGCAAACAAGAUUGUUAUUAUAUUUCACAUUAAUUAACAUAAAUGUAGGGGGCAGAUGCAAAACAAAAAAAGUGAUAUUCCAGUGUUAUGUCAGAUGUAUUAGCUGGUUAGAUCAGUGGUAACAUCACUGUCUUAGAACUGAGAAUUCCAUGUUUGAAUCCUGGUCUGACCACCUCCAGUAAGUGUCCCUGGGCAAAACACCUAAUAAUAUAUAUCUGUGCACCUCAAAAUCCUUGUUUAGGUAGUAAGCGUCUUUGAGCAGGGCCCCUUUAUAUCAUUGUAAAGCACUAAGGAAUAUGUUAACACUAGAUAAAUGCUAUUAAUAAUAAUGUGAGAAAUGUAAUUGUCAGGUAACUGGCAUGCUAAUGACAUAGGUACUGGAACAUUGAGUAUUCAAGUUAGUUGAACCUCAGAAAGGCAUUAAAAACAUAUUGCUGGGAAUUAUUUAAGCCAGGAAAGUAGCAUAUACGUUUUGGAGAUGGUUAUGAAAUACAGAAAAGAGGAAAUGUGUAGUCAGGUAAUUUGAAGCAAUAGCUAUGAUGUGUGAUAAUGUAGGAACUUAGUUGUAAAUUGUUAACGCCAUUGUACACCAAAAUUAUACUUUAUGUAGUAAGCUUAUGAAAUCCAUUAAAUUAUCCUAAAGCAGGAUCCAGUAGUUAGUAAAAUUGCUUUUAUGCUAAAGCCCUUAGUGAUUCUAUUUAACAAAAUUUAAAUUCUCUACCUCAGACGCCUCAGUGACAAACUUGAUGCAAUCCUGUGCGAUGGUUAUUCCAAUGAGCUGGUGGGAUCUACUGUUGUAAACUGUACGAAGAUAGAUGAAGGUGAGUCUUUUUAGUGAGAAGCAUCUCAAAUAUCCCGGAGCACAGUAUGUACUUAUCUAUUCACAUAUCGAGGAGAUAUGGAUAUGUGGCCUAUUUUUAAAAAAUUGAACAUUUGCCAAACUAUGUGUUGUGUUAGUGUUAUUAAAGGAACACUUUCAUGUUAGGAAUACAGAACUGUCCAUCCCAACAUGUAAAGUAAAAUGAAAAUAAAUCUAUUGUGACUUUUUAAAAAUAACAUUUUGUUAGCUAUUUUGUUGUUUGAAGUGUGAGGAAGUAAUCAUGAAUAAUAUUUGUCACUGUGUGUUUACAUUGUGGAUUAGCAAGUUGUUUAUAAUUUUUUUAAUUUAAUUGCUCGUGGCUUCUUUUUAGGCACCAUCACAAUACUGAGGGAGGGAUGUGUACCAUCAGCUAAGAUCAUGCAGCUGUUUGAAAAAGCGAAGAACACACAGGAGGUUCUGUAG